AUGGAGGAUUGCGUACCGUUCAAGCAACACUUAGAGGAGCUGGUCGCAACAAGGCACUUAAACCAGUAUAUUGAUGGUGGUAUGAGGGCCGCUCCACAAGGGCAAACCGAGCUAAAUGGGCUAGCCAUCUUGGAUGCAGUGUCUCAGGGAGUUAUCAACGUCAUUCAUGGAAUCAUUGAGCCAACGCGAGUGUGCGAGCUCAGAGGAAUGAUUAAGAAGGCUGAGCACAUGAGGGAAGUGUUCUCUGUUCACCCCGCCGUAAAAAAGGAGAAGACCGAGGUACAGAACAUCAUGACCUUUUCAAGCAAAGACUUGGAGAGAAUUCAAACCCCUCACAAUGACGCGUUGGUAGUAACACUUCGCGUUAAGGAUUUUGACAUAAAAAGAAUUUUGAUCGACCAGGGAAGUUCAAUCAAGAUUAUGUACUAUGAUGUGUUCAAGCAAAUAAAGUUUGAGAACAAGGACUUGGCUCCAACGACGUCUCCUUUAGUCGGCUUCAACUCACAACUGAAAUGGCCAAUCGAGAAGAUCAUUCCAUUGGUCAAGGCUAGCUCAGUCACGAAACAGAUAGAAUUUUGGGUAUUAAAGGCCCUGUCGACCUACAAGCGGUGGCGUCCAUCUAUCACCAGGUCAUGUGCUUCCCCAAUCCAAUCGAGCAGAUAG